AUGUACUUGGACGUUAAGAAAACCUUUGACAGGGUCCCAUACCAAAGCUGGAUCGGGUACCAAGGGAAAUGCUAUUAUUUCUCAGAGACUGAAGGGAACUGGAACAACAGCCGGAGCCACUGCUCUGCACUCAACGCCUCCCUGGCUGGGAUCGACAGCGACCAGGAAAAGGAUUUCCUGCUGUGCUAUAAGGGCUUCCUUGACCGUUGGAUCAGCCUCCAGAGGAAGCCAGGCCAGGCCUGGAGAUGGCCCAAUGGCACCAAAUUCGACAACCGGUUUCCAAGAAGAGGAGGAGGCAAAUGUGCUUUUCUGAUGGAUGAGAACUGGUUUGGCAGCUCAAGGUGUAUGAAAUGGAGACACUGGAUCUGCAGCAAACCUGAUGUCUAUACGCUGGGGAAGGGAUGCAUUGUGGAGUUAAAAGUUUGA